CGUGCGUUAGACUGGUCUAGUGAGCCGAGCAUUCUCGGGAACUGUGAGUAUAAACUGUGAUAGAACUGGAGAGGACGCACUUCGACUUCGUCAGGCUGAGACUGCAGCUCGCCGCUUUGCCACACCUACCUCUGCAUAAGUCACUACCUACCACUUCGAUUCGAGAGUUCGUCAGCCUGCUGCUCCCAUGAGCGGAUCUAGUCAUGAGUCCGGACGCGAUGUCUGUUGUCUGAAGGCAAGACACACAUUUUUAAUGGCAUGUGACAAAGUUUCAGGCAGUGUAAGGGUGCAAGAAUGAUAAGAAGAUGGUCUUUCCUAAAGAAGUUGAAAAAUAAACGCACAAUUUUUCCUUUCUUUAUCCUGAUUGUGUGCGUACUUUGGCUCGUCCACAUCAAGGUAGUGGAAAAAAACACCUUUUACGUCGAGCCAUAUGGAAUCACUUCAGUCCCCUUUAACACCCAGGCUGAUAAACCGGACAUUGACUGCUCAGCCAUAUACCAGCUGGAUCCGGCGGAGAUUGGCAAGUCUUUGGAAAUAAGGCGAAAAGUUAUAGUGGACUUGGAAGAUGACAGUAUUGUCAAGUUAACAGCAGACUGUCAGAAGUACAUUGAGGCAAGGGCCUACAAUGACAUCACUGCAUCUGAGGAAGAGAGGCAGUUCCCUCUUGCCUACUCCUUAGUAGUGCACAAGAAUAUGCCAAUGGUGGAGAGGAUCCUCCGCGCUAUCUAUGCUCCCCAUAACAUCUACUGUAUCCAUUACGAUCAAAAGUCUUCCAAAUCCUUCAUCGCUGCAGUGAAGAGCCUCGUGAAGUGUUUUCCAAAUGUCUUCAUUGCCAGUAAAUUAGAGGCAGUACAGUAUGCUCAUGUGACCAGACUGAAGGCAGACCUGAACUGCCUGUCAGACCUGCUGCAUUCAGACGUUCAGUGGAAGUAUGUCAUCAAUCUGUGUGGACAAGACUUCCCAUUGAGGUCUAAUUAUGAGCUUGUGUCAGAACUGAAGAAGCUUAACGGCGCAAACAUGCUGGAGACGAGCCGGCCCAGCGAGGUGAAAAAGAAGCGUUUCCAGUUCCAGCACGAGCUUAAGGACGUGCCUUACGAGUAUCAAAAGAUCCCAGUCAAGACCUCACAUGCCAAAGACCCCCCUCCCCACGGCAUCGAGAUGUUCAUUGGUAGCGCUUACUUUGUCCUGUCCAGAGACCUGGUGAGCUAUGCCAUGAACAGCCAGCUAGCACUGGACUUCCUGGCGUGGUCAACAGACACUUACUCCCCGGACGAGCACUUCUGGGCCUCACUAGUGCGGGUGCCAGAAGCGCCGGGGACGAUCCCCCGGUCACAGCCAGAUGUGACGGACCUGAUGAGCAAGACGCGGCUGGUGAAGUGGAGUUACCUGGAAGGCAACCUGUACCCCUCGUGCACUGGCACUCACAUGCGGAGUGUGUGCAUCUAUGGGGCGGCAGAGUUGAGGUGGCUCCUGAAUUACGGCCACUGGUUUGCCAAUAAGUUUGACCCUAAAGUGGAUCCCGUCCUCAUCAAAUGCCUGGAGGAGAAGCUUGAGGAAAAACGAAAACACUGGGCAAAGCUAGUGUCUUAACAAAACUCAGCAGAAGACAUUUUCUAUGGGGUGAAGGGGGUAUGUUUAUAUCUCAAACUUUCUUUUUGGAGAUUUUGAAACCAAUGUACUUUUAAUUACACCACUUACUACAAUGUAAUUCACCAGCCAUUUUUAAUACUGGAAGUCUCGUUCUGCUGUCACUGAAAUGGCUGCCCAUGUCCCUGCUUUGACAGCUAACACAGCAUGGUCAGCAGUUUCUGGCAGAAAAUAACCCUCGUGCCUUGCAGUUUAGUUACAGAUUUUAUUAUGGUAAAAGAACAAAUGCACAUGGCAAUAACUCUUGAGGUGAGGUGAUAAAAGGUGACCUUCUAUGCAUUUUCAAAGUUAAUAAUUUAAUUUUUGGGGGGUCUACGGGAAUAGAUUUACAUGUAUCAGUGAUCUAAAAACACAUUAUUUUUCUUAUACAGAACCUCUCUAUUCACCCUCUGUCUGAAAGAUUUUGUUAGAUCUCCUGUCUUUGAGCCCCCCCCCCCCCCCCCCCCCGACUCCAGAUUAGCCCAGUGUGCUCUAAUUGGUCAGCUACGCAGACAAUUACAUCGUUAUUGAACAAUGAGGAUUGUGUUUUGAGAUUGCGUCAUCAUGUUUCAGAAAAAGGCUGGAACUCCAAUGAGGCAUUUCUGCAGGAGAGCGUUCCUCCCUCAGGGCAUGCACCUCGGGCUUUGUGACUGCAGACCAUUUACAUGCACAAAAAGAAAUAUAGCACACUUAAGGUGUGUGUGGGGGGAGAGGGGGGUGGAAAAGCAUAAUAGGUCCACCUUAAACAUGGAAAAUUCUUCUACCUCUUGAAUUUUGUUGCAAAAUGAAGAAGCUUGGCUUGGUAAAGACUGUGCCUUGAGAUGGCUCUGAAAAGAAAAUGAAAGAGAUGUGUUCAAAAGUACAGGGUAAAGAUAUUUCUAUGAGAAAACCAUUAUGAUUGUAUUUCAGCAUCUCAGAAGAUGGUAAGGAAUACCAGAGCCUAUUCAUUGGUACACUUGAAUAGAGAUUUCAUGAAUUUCUUGUGACAAUCAUUUUCUUCUGCAACCAUUGUACAACAGUUUGAAUUUCUGUUGUAACACAGUGUAUUAUAUUUAUUUUGGUAUUUAUGUCUUAAUAAACAUUUUCAACAUGCAA